AUUUCUUCGCAUAUUUAUAAUUUGUUUGCACUGACUUUGCUCAAAGCAAUCGAUACACAAAGGGUUGCGGUUUUACCUUGGUUUAACAGAAUUGUUCUAAACUUUGGGUAUCCUUUAACGCGCAAAAGAGAAAAAGGGGAUGACUGAAGAGGAAACUAUAUGUGAUCGCACUUAUCGCGCUUAUGAAAGACAGAAAACCAAGCCGGAUAAACCAGAGACUUGCUCGUUGCCAAGGCAUUCUAAACAGGACCACAAGGUACAUGAAUAUUGACUUUAUAUCAUAUAUUUUGAGCAAUAGAUUGACGUUUCAUGGAAUGCAGAUUAGUUGUGAUGGGGCUUUUAAUUUUGUACUCUACCUGCUGUCAAAUUUCUUACGUGGGAAUAGUACUCAGAGUUCGCCAAAGAGCCUAUGAUAACAGAAAAAUUGGCUAUGCUUAAUUUUUAUCAGAACAUUUUAAUCCAUUUAACUUAUUGUAAACUCACAAGCUAUAAUGCAUCUGAGUUUAUUGGAUAGGUAAGUCUUCCCUCAAAGAUUAUCGUAAAUUUGCGCGUGUAAUUCAGCCAACAACACUUGCACCUGUUCUUACUUCAUGAAACUAAUUUUUAUAUAAAUAUAGCCCGGGCUGUCAGCCCCCCCACGUCAUCAAAUAUUGAUAAUUGAUAGGAAAGGAAUGAUAGAUGACGUCAUAUCGCACAACAAAUGACAUCAUUUGUGCCAAAAAUGCUCUUUGAUUUUGAUCGACGUAUAUCACACAUAUAAACAGUUCAAUUUAUUAUGAGGAAAUAUUCCAUGUUAACAGUAGCUCUCAAACUAUGCAAAAUAUUUGAAAUUUAUGGUCGGAAAGUUGAGUCUACAAGAAAUAGCAACUUUGGCGAUUAUCUGGGAGAAAUCUGGAGACUGGGAGAUGUUUUCCAAAAUCAGGAGGUCCUGGAGUCUCACAGAUUAUCCGGGAGAGUUGACAGCACUGAUAGUCCUUUUCCCUCAUCCUGCAAUAGUGCCACCAGUCCCCCUUCCGCAGAUAUGCCUUCUGUGUAAGCUGUGUACAAGGACAAUUUUUAAAAUGCAUGUUUGGGAUUUAGCCAAUAAAAACUGUUGGGAGUAUUGAAUUGAGGGAACAUUCUGUCAAGAUGUUGAGAUUGAAAAACAAACAAUUCAUGUACACUCUAACCUGUAUUAAGUGGUCUCCCUGGGAAAAUGGCUUACUGACUGCUUAAUACAGGUUGACCAUUUAAUACAGAGGGAAAUUUCUAUCCUAUGACAAAUUGACUUCAAAGUGUCUCCACCUGUGCUUAUCCCUACCUGUGCUUAAAGAAAAGGAAGAAAAAGACCACUUAAUGCCAUAUGCAGUGUAUACAUCAGCGUACGGAAAAAAAAAAGUAUUAUUCAGGCAAAACUGAUGUACCGUUCGGGCAAAGACACAGUAAAAAAUAUUUUAUUAUUUAAUAUCUUGAUUUAUUUGUUUUCAUCCCGCAUCUCGCCUAAUCUUCUAACUGAUCUCUGUACUAGUUCAUGGGAUGGCUGUUAUUACUUGGAGUUAGAACAUGAUGUUCUACCGAGGGACUGGGAGUGAUAAUCAAGACUGCGCUGGGACUGGAACUGCGUAUGAGUUGGCGGCCAUGUUGAUUUAUGUCUGUGACCAACAAGUUUCAUUCGGGCAAAUUAUGUUCAGCCCCCCCAACAAAAUUUUUCCUGUACGCCGAUGAGUGUAUAUUAUGGUACAUCUUGUCAAAUUGACUGUUUAAUAAAGGUGAAGACAAUUAAAAAUAACACUUUUGGACCUCGCAAAAGGUGACCAUGAUCCCUUGUUUUACAGCAAUUAAGGGAAAUGAUUUCUAGGUCUUUAAUAAGUGACCACGUACAUGUAUUAGAGGUUUGCUUAAGUACAGGUUUGGCUGUAUUAGUCUCCUAGCAGGGGGUUAUGGGGUACUCCAGGAAAUUCCUGGUGGGAGUUUGCUACCCGGUUCAUUAAUUCCUGACCCUAUUUCAGACCAAAAAGUGUCAUUUUCCACACCUGUUUUCAGAUGACCUGGAGGAGUUCACAAAAUGUAAGAUCCAUGUUUACAUAGGCAGAAAUUAUGCCAUCUUUACCAGAUUAGGUCGCCAACAAAAAGAUUUUGAAUUCGCAUAUAUUUCUCUUUCUUAUUCAUUUAGAAUUGAAAUGACAAAUACAUUCAUACACUCCCAUAGUUCCCUACCUGAUUCCAGACCAAGUGGGGGCAAAUUCUCUAGCUGUUUUCAGACUGAAACAGCACAAAAACCAUACCCUAAAGGGUGGCUCAUACCUAGUGUAUGGCUUAUAUAAUGGAAUAUACCUGGGAUUACUGUAGGCUUCUCUUUAAUAAUUUGCAAUAUUUUUUGUUAUUUUUCAGCCUUCUGAUGCCCAUUUUUUGUACAGUCAGUUAGGAAGAGUUGUAAUUAAACGGCACACUUACUUAACUCCUGUAACACAUGCUACCUACCCCUGGAAUCACGCUCACCCUCCAGGGAGAAAAUCAGCCUUUAAGAUGCCAAAAACUGUUUAUCCAAAGAGAUGACAAGACAGUGAUGGAUUCACAUGCUGCUUCUCCCAUGAAACUACUUCAAUGCUAACAAUCAGAUGCUCAGACCAUCACUGGCUGGUCCUUCAAAUCAGUGGCAGAUCCAGACCUUCAAAUAAGAG